AUGAUACAAGAAAAUAAGUUCAAUGGUAAGAAGUUCUAUCACAUGAUGCACCCGGAUAGCCCUAAUCAUGAGUGGGAUAACUUGGUGAUCCAUAACAAGGCUAGGCCUAGAGCAGUGUUCACAUUUUGGAUGCUCUGUCACAGGAAAUUGCCAACUCGUAUGCGAUUGUUUCGAUGGGGGAUGGUCAAUUCUACUGUCUGUACUUUUUGUGACCAAGAUGAGACCAUUGAUCAUCUUUUCUUUGACUGUUGUGUUACUCAGAGAAUUUGGAAAGGAGUGUUAAACUGGAUGCACAUUCAGCAUGAGUCGGGUAACUGGGAACAUGAGUUAAAGUGGUUACUGCUGCACUAUCGGGGCAAAGGUUGGAGAGCAGAAUUGAUGCGUAUGGAAAUAGCAGAAACAGUGUAUGAGGUUUGA